GCUGCUCCAAGCAUGGCCGGAGAGGAGUCUGUCGGCAAAGAGGAAGAUGCCGCCGCCUCCGAUCGGCGCAAGCUCAGCGAGCCCGGCGCUACUCGCCGCUGCCCGCCUUCGGCACUCCUGAGGAAAGCCUUCAUUUGCUCCUUCCCGGACUGCGACGCCAUUUACAACAGGGCCUGGAAGCUGGACGCGCACCUGUGCCGGCACACGGGAGAGCGGCCUUUCGCUUGCGAUUAUGAAGGCUGUGGUAAAGGCUUCACUAGGCUGUGCCAUCUUAAGCGCCAUUUUCUUACGCACACUGGAGAAAAGCAAUUUGUGUGCAUGGCGGAGGGCUGCAAUGAGAGAUUUACAACAAAAUCAAACUUGAACAAACACUUUGGUCGCAAACAUUUACAGCAUUGUAAGGAAUACAUAUGUGACUUUGAAGGAUGUGGGAAAUCCUUUAAAAAACACCAGCAGUUGAAAAUUCAUCAGUCUGAACACACUGGUGAACCACCAUUCAAGUGCAGCCACGAAGGAUGUGAAAUGCGCUUUUCCAUGCGUGCCCAUCUGAAGCGUCAUGAGAAGAUUCACGAAGGUUAUGCAUGCAAAAAGGAUGGCUGUUCAUUUGUUGGGAAAACCUGGUCAGAGCUUCUGAAACAUAUGAGACAAAGUCAUGUCGAACCGAUAACCUGCAGCGUGUGUGGCAAAAUAUUCCGCCGCAAAGAUUACCUCAAGUGCCACCAGAAGACCCACGCUGCCGAGAGAGAGGUGCUUAAAUGCCCAAGGGAGGGCUGUGGCAGAACGUACACAACCCUGUUCAAUCUUCAAAGCCACAUUGCCUCAUUUCACGAGGCAAGAAGAUCGUUCACCUGCGACCACCCUGGCUGUGGGAGAGUCUUUGCCAUGAAACAAAGUCUUGUAAGGCACGGUGUUGUACAUGACCCUGACAAGAGAAAGUUGAAUUCAGAAGCUAAAAAGCCACGUCCCAAGCGGAGUUUGGCCUCACGUCUGAGUGGAUUCAUCCCGCCUAAAGCAUGUCGAAGAAAUGUUUCCUCUGUAGAUGAGACUCUGAUCACACCUAAAGUGAGCGCCACAUUGCCUACUGUGGAAACACUGUCCCUUGGCUAG